CACACGAUGACUUCUGCACAGUUUUUCUUCUGUGUGACAUGUUUGUUUAUAGGGAAAAUGGAUUCAGUUUCAGCUCACGAGAUUAACCUGAAACCAUCCUCAUCUGAUCGUAAUGAGAGACGUUUUAUUUCAGCACAUGUUGGAGACAAUGUGACUUUGAGAUGUUUCUGUGAUUCAGAUUCACCCUGGUUCUUCUGGUAUAUGCAACCUCUGGGAGAGAAACCCAUGCUCCUCUCUAGCUUUUAUGUGUUCGGGAAGAAAGUCACUUUGAAGGGUAAAUUUGAGAAGAAUCCACGCUUCAGUCUAAAUACAGAGAAUCGUAAUCAUCACUUGAUAAUUUCAGAUCUGAAAUUAUCAGACUCAGCGACUUACUACUGUGCAACUAGCUAUGCAGUGGAUCUGGAUUUUGCGGAGGGUACUGUAGUGAUUGUGAAGGACAAAGAUUUAAACAUCCAGGCGUUGAUCAAUCAGUCGUCAUCUGAGACCAUCCAGCCAGGAGACUCAGUGAUGCUGAAAUGUACAGUACAGACUUGGAGCUGUAAUGGAGAACAUCGUGUUUACUGGUUCAAAGAGUCAGAAGAAUCUCAUGCAGGACUCAUUUACACUCAUGGAGGCAGGAAUGAUCAGUGUGAGAGGAAUCCCGACUCAGAAAUACACACUUGUAUGUACCAACUGCCGAUGAAGGACCUGAAUGUGUCUCAUGCUGGGACCUACUACUGUGCUGUUGCUUCAUGUGGACACAUACUGUUUGGGAAUCGGACCAGGCUGGACUUUUCAUCUAGCUCUGUUCUGGUGUACUUCUUGACUGGAACUUUAGCGGUCACCACCAUCCUUGUUAUUCUACUGAUAUCUCUAGUUUGCAAGAUGAGCAAAAGAAAUCAAUGCACAGGUAUUGAAACAAAGACACCUUUUAUAUGUUCUUCUGAGCAUGUCCUUUCAGUAACAGACCAAUUUCUGUGUUUCACAACCAGAGGAGAGGUUUCCAGCUCCCCCCACAGCAAGCACAGGAGUAGGGCUUUUCCUUCUCAAAUUACAAGUUACAUUUGUGUACAUUGUCAGCAUUGUUUCAUUAUUUUCAGGGUCCCUAUUGUGAUCUUUCGUCUUUAAUCUGUUUUGCUUCUAGAGUACAGGUGGAGACACACACGGUCCAGAGUAUGCUGCUUUAGAUCUUAACCAGAUCAACAGAUCCAGAAGACAGAGGAGCACCACCACGACUGACUGCGUUUAUUCCAGUGUGCAACAGUAGGAUGAAAUUUAGAC